AUGCUUCAGGUUCCGAUUCGAGAAAAAGCUAAUGGUCCCAGUAAGGGUACCAAAGCUGUCAUCUUAGUUGGCGGUCCUUCGAGAGGAACCCGGUUUCGCCCUCUGUCGCUCGAUGUCCCCAAGCCUUUGUUCGACGUUGCUGGCCACCCCAUCAUCUGGCACUGCUUGACCGCCAUUGCGAAAGUGCCCUCCAUUCAGGAGGUUGUUAUGAUUGGCUACUAUGACGAAUCCGUAUUCAAAGACUUCAUCAAGGAAGCUGCUUCGGAAUUCCCUAAUCUCCCUAUCAAAUACCUACGAGAAUACCAAGCGCUAGGUACAGCAGGUGGCUUAUACCAUUUCCGAGAUGCUAUCCUUAAGGGUCGACCCGAGCGUAUCUUCGUUCUCAACUCGGAUGUGUGCUGUUCCUUUCCCCUCAACGAGAUGGAGAAGCUAUUCGACGAUAAGGAUGCCGAAGCUGUCAUUCUAGGCACACGGGUAGGCGAAGAUGCUGCGACCAACUUUGGUUGCAUCGUAUCGGAUCAGCACUCUCGUCGUGUACUACAUUACGUCGAGAAGCCCGAAAGCCACAUAUCAAAUCUCAUCAACUGUGGUGUCUACUUGUUCAGUGUCGACGCCAUCUUCCCGAGCAUCAAGACUGCUAUUAAGCGAAGAACCGACAGACCUCGAUUAGUGUCAUAUCCCUCGUCCGAGAACCUCGAGUCAAGCUUCAUGGCCGACGAAGAUGAAGAGCGCAAGAAUGAAGUUAUCCGUCUAGAACAAGACAUCCUAAGCGAUCUCGCGGACAGCAAGCAAUUCUUCGUCUACGAGACCAAGGACUUCUGGCGCCAGAUCAAGACGGCUGGAUCCGCCGUCCCAGCUAAUGCGCUAUACCUACAGAAGGCCUACCAAACCGAGUCGAGCGAACUUGCGAAGCCUUCUCCUAACGUCAUACCACCCGUAUUCAUCCACCCCUCCGCGCACGUUGACCCCACUGCUAAGCUUGGACCUAAUGUCUCCAUCGGACCCCGGGCGAUCAUUGGACCUGGUGCAAGAGUCAAGGAGUCAAUUGUCCUCGAGGACGCAGAAAUUAAGCAUGACGCUUGCGUGUUGUACUCCAUUGUUGGCUGGAAUAGCCGAGUUGGUGCCUGGGCUCGUAACGGUGUGAAGGUGCAAAGUAUCACCAUUCUAGGAAAGGAAUGCGGGGUUGGUGACGAAGUCCGCGUACAAAACUGUGUCUGCUUGCCUUUUAAGGAGUUGAAGAGGGAUGUCUCUAAUGAAGUCAUCAUGUAA